AUGUCGAAGUCUGGCAUUGUGAAGAACUGGGUCGAAGACAAGGGCUUUGGCUUCAUAGGACCAGAUGACGGCAGCGAGGAUCUGUUCUGCCACGCCUCCGGCCUGCAAGGUUGCAAGGGCCUGGGCAAGGGAGACAAAGUCCGCUUCGAUGCGGAGUACGACGAUCGCAAAGGCAAGAUGCGAGCUGUGAACGUGUCCCUUGACGGCGGCGGGGGUGGCGGGGGCGGCGGGCGCGGCUAUGAUCGGGAUGAUCGCCGCGGUGGCUAUGACCGACGGGAUGACCGCCGGGAUGACCGCCGAGAUGACCGCCGAGACGACCGCCGGGACUAUGACCGCCGUGAUGACCGCCGCGAUGACCGCCGCGACUACGACCGCCGAGAUGACCGCCGAGAUGAUCGCCGAGACGAUAGGGGCAAGGGAAAAGGAGGCAAAGGAGGUGAUCGCUUCGGGGGGGACACCCGAGGUGACGACAUCAGCAAUGGCGGCAAUAAACAUCUGACAGCUCGCGAGCUCUUCAUGAGGCACGAGCGCGAGAACCCGAGAAGGCGACGGCCCAGCUCGUCGAGGUCUUACUCACGGAGCCCGCCGCCAAGGGCUCGCCGUGAAAACUUCAACUGA